GUCAUCUUACAUCUGCAGUUCAUGUCCGGACCUGUCGAGGAAUCCUGAACCGGUAUGACCGGUUUGCCGAGUGAACGAGAAAUCCCAUCAAACCCAUCAAACCCUACAGCGUCACAUAUCAACAGGUCUGCUCAGUGAAGGACAGGUGGUCCUCUGGGGGCUGAUGUUGGUGUGCACAGUCACUACAGAAACCGCCCAGCUGAAAGUCAGCGCUUGUAUUGGCGACAGCAUCCUGCUGCCGUGCGUCUACGAGGUGUCCUCUCAACCUGUGUCCGUCUUCUGGAGGGACGAAGACAACAGAGUGGUGUUGGACAUCAAACAAAACGUCCCAAACUAUUCGACGCAGGACGGGAAGUUCAGAGAUCGAGUUAUCAGUGACCUGGAGCUGUACAGGAAGGGGAACUUCUCCGUCACCAUGAGGGACGUCUUGCUGUCAGACAGCGGACUGUAUGACUGUGUCAUCCCCGUGCUGAGUGACCGGCACAAAGUCUCACUCACUGUCUCAGAACGCUGUGAUAAAGCUGCAGCGACUCCUCCUCCAUCUUCUCCUGCUGCUCCAGGAGCGUCAGGUGGAGGUACCACAGUCACACCCACCUGCUUCAUCUUCCUCCUGACUCCUCCUCUUCUUCACUGUCUGACAGCGAGCUCCUUCCUGUAAGACUGUGGCGGCUAAAACUACUGAAUCAGUCUGGCAGCUUUGAUUUCACACUAAGGUCACUUCAUCAUUCCAUCACUCUAUCAUUCCAUCACUCUAUCAUUCCAUCACUCCAUCACUCCAUCACUUCAUCACUCCAUCACUUCAUCAUUCCAUCAUUCCUUCACUUCAUCACCCAUCACUCCAUCACUUCAUCAUUCAAUCACUCCAUCACUUCAUCACUUCAUCACUCCAUCACUUCAUCAUUCAAUCACUCCAUCACUUCAUCACUCCAUCGCUCCAUCACUUCAUCACUCCAUCAGUCGUUAACAGUCAUAUUCUUCCCCACGGCUUUGUCAGCCCGACAGUACGGAGGACAACAUGUGACUCAUGUAUCAAUAAAUACAGAAAUAAACAAAUGCAUGAAUAAAAAUGAAUAAAUUAAAAUGGUUAGAUAAAUAAAUACAUACAAUACCUGCCAACAGCUGAUGUUACAAUACAUGCCAAAAAACUAAAACAUCUUAAUAAUUAAAUGUUGAAAAACAUACGAUAUGAAAACAUGCAUUGUAAAAGAAAUAUAUGAAUGAAUAAUGCAUAAAUAAAUAUAAAAG